AUGUUGUUUUUCAAAGUGUUGGUCGUUCUGCUCUUUGCAGAUAGCUAUGAAAUAUUUAUUCCUGAGAGUCUUCCCUUUCAAAUGCCAAAAAUAUUACAGCAGAUUGAUGAAAUUGCGACAAUGCAUUUGUUUUCUUUAGUACAUUGCAUCAAAGGUUUCGAUUUUUCUGGAGGUGCUGACACAACUGAUGAGCUUGGAACAGAUCAAAGUGAUAAUUCAACUAUGGGUUGUUUUUGGGAAUGUGUUCUAACAAACAUUGACAUGAUGAAGGAUGGGCAUUUGGAAUAUGUUGGAUCUGAAGAGAAUGAAAUAUUGAAGCAUACUUUUGACGCAUGUUCAAAAAAAGAAAUUAUGAAGGUCGUAGAUGGUUGUCCAUUGGCCCAUAUGUUUCUGUUGUGCGAAUAUGCCACUUUUCUUGAGAAAGCGACAAUUGAUGUUUUCUCCUUCCACCAGGGAAUAAUUGGCUUUGCAAAAAAUUCUACUACCCUUCUUAUGGAGCUUAAGGCAAAGCUUGAAAUGAUCCAGAAAAAUAUUCCAAAGGAUGCCUUUAAUCCUUUUAUGUGA